AUGUCUCACUUCAUACCCCUUCUCUCUUCGAUUCUUUCUAAAGCUGCUGAUGUCGGUAUUUGGAGUCAUAUACCUAAUCUCGUAGACAAACUUGAGCUUAUUUCACCCCUCCAGUAUUACUUAUCUUCUUCCCAACACCCCGAAGCGCGCCAUAGACACAUGACGGCGCAACUACAAGUUGCUGAUAAGACCAUGAAGAAACUCAAAGAUGCGUUUAGGAAAGAACUAACGGGAACUGUCUUUGAAAACGUCGAAGGGCUUUGCCAGACAUUCCUUGAGAAACUGCUUUCAACGAGCAAAUACCAGAAGAUUUCCGAAAGCUUUACAGACAGGAGAAACCAAAAAUAA